CGAGCUCUCUAAGACCUAGUGCAGCAACUUCAUCAGCAAUACCCAAAGCAUCAUCGAGUUCUUCGGCAAUGUCCAAUCCAGCUGCUUCGUCACAGCCACAAGCACAGGCACCUGUUCUAUUGUCGCCAGCUACAGCUGAUCAAGCUGGCGGAGGGGUUCCAUCCGGACCUCCGCCACAGACUUCCUUCACCCCGAAUGCUCUUCAACAGUUCAGAGUAGCAAACUUUAUCGAAGGCAUCGAGUCUGGUUUCUUUGCUGGUGUACUCGAUUCUCUCAACCAGGAUCCCACCUUCAAUAAUGCUUCGGCGGAUGGUAAAUCGAUAGCCAACGUCACUACUCAAAUUGCCGCCCAAGAGCUAGUCCACAAGGCAACGUUGGAAGGCCUUCUAGGACUGGCUAUGCAACCUGCAGUACCUGCUUGCGCAACAAUAUUCCCUGUGAAAGACACGAACGAGUACCUCGCUAAAGCAAACGUUGUUACCAGUGCCGCUAUUGGUGUCAUCAUCUCCAUCGUGCAGUCUCUAGCAGCAAGCGACGGUCCAAACCUCCUCGGGCCUCUGUCGAGUAUCUUGAGUGUCGAGUCACAGCAAGACACUUUCUUCCGCAUGACAGGUUCCAAUACACCGAGCGCCUCACCUUUCAACACCGGUCUAUCCAACACGUUCGCAUACAACAUCGCCCUCACUUUCGUCGACCCUCGCAGCUGUCCGCAAUUACUCCCGCUUCCAAUCCUCCCCUCGCUUAAUGUCACGUCGCCGGUGAUGAACGCGACAGCUCCAGCGACUCCCCCUACUUCCAUCGCUUUCACCGUAUCUGGAGUCCCACAAGGUGGCAAUCUAUUUAUUGGAUGGGUGAACCAGGCAAACCCUGUCGUCUACUCGAAUGUUACUGUCAAAAAUGGAGUCGGGAUGGCGGACAUCCCACCGGGAAUGACCGGUAUGGCAUUUGCGGCGUUGACGGCGCAGAAUACGGCGAUGACGGUUGAUGCUUUGACGAAUGCUACACUGGCGGGACCAGCUCCUAUUCUUAUGUCGUAAUGAAAAAGCUAGCGUUGCCGUAUUUUUUGCUGUUCUGUUUUCAUACCUAGAGCUUGAGCCUUGUUUAUUAUAUGGAGGUACAUAGUAUGCAGGUCUCGGUAUUCUCGUCUUAGCAUCAUUGUUUAGAUAUCCUCGAGCAUUGCUUGAAAUAGUUACGAAUUUGUCUUACUCUAACUUCCCUAAGAUCAACGAUUUUACAAUAUGAUUCGAGUGAGGUUUGCGGCUCUGUUGUAGAUUAGAG